AAUGGCUUGGCCCAGUGGAAGUCGUGACGUUGGGUAAGUGCGCCUUGUUCUUCGGAUUUGUAAUUGGACGGGAUCCCGGGGAGAGGUGUCGUCGGGCGGGUUCGGAGUCCUUGCUUUGCGUCGUGCGUGCAGAAUUGAGCCCGGUUUGGGUUGCAUGGUUUCGUGGUACCGACCUUGUGUCUCCUCACCUCCUCCCACCUUGCACCGACACUUCACGCCACAGGAUGCGGGGCGUCUCAGCCCAUGGCCUCUCGCUUGAGGAGAGAAGGCAGCUGGCUGUGGACCUCACCCGCGUCCUAGCUCUCUACCGUUCCAUCCUGGACGCCUACAUCAUCGAAUUUUUCACGGACAGCCUGUGGGGCACACUCCCCCACUCAUGGCAAGAAGCACUGGAUGGACUAAACCCACCACAGCUGGCCACCCUGCUGCUGGGGAUGCCCAGGGACGGGGAGGAGAUGAGGUACAGGUCUGUGUGGCCACUCACCCUGCUGGCCCUGAAGUCCACAGCUUGUGCCCUCGCCUUUACCCGGACACCUGGCUUUCACACCCCAUCAGAGUUCCUGGAGAACCCCAGCCAGAGCUCCCGACUAACAGCUCCUUUUCGGAAACAUGUCAAGCCCAAGAAGCAGCAUGAGAUCCGGAGGCUGGGAGAGUUGGUGAAGAAGCUUACUGACCUCACUGGCUGCACCCAAGUUGUGGAUGUGGGCUCAGGCCAGGGCCACCUCUCCCGCUUCAUGUCUAUGGGGCUGGGGCUGAUGGUGAAGAGCCUUGAAGGGAAUCAGAGACUGGUAAAGAGAGCUCAGCAUCUAGACCAGGAGCUCCUGAAGGCUCUGGACAAAAUGGAGAAGAGGCACCCAAAGAUGGUGCAAAGAGGACCGCGCCACCGGCCCCACCACGUGGUUCAGUGGGUCAGCCCCACAACUCUGUGUGAGGAGCUUCUGCUUCCUCUGGAGAGACCAGGCCAGAGUAGUGCACGUCUGCUGCUCACGGGCCUUCAUGCUUGUGGGGAUCUUAGUGUUGCCUUGCUAAGACACUUCUGCUGCUGUUCUGAAGUGGUGGCCCUGGCCUCGGUGGGCUGCUGCUACAUGAAACUCAGUGACCCUGGCAGCUACCCACUGAGUCAGUGGAUAGCUGGGCUGCCUGGCCAUGAACUACCCUACAGGCUCCGGGAGGGUGCCUGCCAUGCUCUGGAGGACUAUGCGGAGAGAUUACAUAAAGCAGAGCCUGGCCUGCAAACACACUGCUUCCGUGCAGUACUGGAGACAGUCAUCCGACAAGUCUGCCCUGAGCUUCGGAGGCCUGGUGUGCAAGGAAUCCCCAGGGUCCAUGAACUCAAGAUUGAAGAAUAUGUGAAACAAGGGUUAAAGCGAGUGGGUCUGGACCCCCAGCUGCCUUUGGAUCUGGCUGCCCUCCAGGUCUACCAGGCCCAAGAGAAUCGUGUGGUGGCCUUCUUCAGCUUGGCCCUCCUGCUGGCCCCACUGGUAGAGACAUUGAUUCUACUGGACCGGAUGCUCUAUCUUCAGGAGCAAGGCUUCUAUGCUGAGCUCCUACCCAUCUUCAGCCCUGAACUCUCUCCCAGAAAUCUGGUUCUGGUGGCCACCAAGACGCCCCUGGGUCAGGCCUUCUCCACUCUUGAGAGUGAAGACAACUGACAGUCUGAAACCACCAGUGCCAAUAUGGCUAGAUACCAUAACUUCAGAUUUGUACCCUUUCUUUCUCUUCAUGUGUAAAGUAAUACUGUGUAAUUUUUAUUUAUAAAGCUUUUAAGACUUCUUUUUCUAUAAAUACCAUGUAAUUUUUAUUUCUUAAAACUCCUAUUUCUGUAAAUAGGGAAAAGAACAGAGGGGCCUUCUUGCUCCCAUCCCCAAACAUCAGGACCUGUCCCUGGGAAGGCUAGCACCUACCCAGUCUAUCCUGACAAGAAGAAAAGCUGCACUGUGCCUGAGCUCCCCAAAAUGCAAGCACUUGGGAGAGGCAGAGGGGUGGUGUGGACAGCGGCUGCUCUCAAGGCUCUUUAUUGGUGUUUUAGAAAAAAGGCCUCUACCGUCAAGGUGAAAACUGGACAGGCAGAAGCAGCACUCUGAGGCUCAAUACCAAUAAACUUUCUUGAAUCUUCGAGUCUCCUGGAUCCCCAUGGCCUCCAUCACAUCUUCUUCUAAUGUCUUUAGUCGGGGCACAUAAGUUCUUUCAAGAGCAUCUUCCACUGAUGUGUCCUUGGGGCCAUCUGUUGAAUCAAAGAGUUUACCAACUCUCUAUUUCUUCAAAUGCCCUACAACCAAGCCCUGCCCACGUUCCUAGCCCCAGCAACUUAGUUUUUCCUCUCAAACCUCACAGCCCUACGCUCUUCCUGCCCAUCCUCAACUUACCAGUCCAUGUUUCAGGGACAAUGCCAUCUGCUCUAGGAAAUUCAGGUUUGGNGAUAAUUCUCCCAGAUCUUGUAGAGACUCGAACACGUUCUCCUGCCUCAGUAAAUCUCCACUGGAUCUCAGUGGGUUUCCUGGUGGGUAAGAAAAAAAAAAAAAAGAAUCUAGUUUGGAGCCUGUGUCACCCUGCAACCCAAAAGUGAGUGAAGGCAGUGGUUGAGAACCUCUGGGAUUUUGUCUGUAGCAGGGUUACUGACAGAAUUGUGUACAAGAAACAGACCUCUGGGGGCUGGUGAGAUGGUUCAGUGGGUAAGUGCAUGGACUGCCCUUCUGAAGGUCUUAAGUUCAAAUCCCCAGUAACCAUAUGGUGGCUCACAACUACCUGUAAUGAGACCUGAUACCCUCUUCUGGGGUGUCUGAAGACAGCUACAGUGUACUUACAUAUAAUAAAUAAAUAUAUCUUUAAAAAAA